AAUUGUGAUGCCUUUUGUAAUUUGUUGGCAAUAGGCUCAUUUGAUAUAGUUUUCCAAAUACAUUAAAAAUAAAUACUGAUACCUAUAUGGUUUGUUUAUAAUAAAUUACUACCAAGUUAAGUGACAUUAAAAUGUAUUCAAGCGACGAAUAUAACGAAGGUGGGUAUGAAUCCCAUGGGGACUAUGAACCCCAUACAGGAGAUCCCCAAUAUGAUCUUGACCAUGACAGAUCAUAUUAUCAAAUGCCAGAAAUGGUGCAAAAAUUCCUUAUCUACUUCAGAAACAUGAUAAAUGAAGGUGUAACAUAUGAAAUUUUGAAUCUAUAUGAGAAUACCUUUCCCAAACUUACUGAAAAACAUUUUGAAAGUACUCCAUGGCCUGAUGAAAAAGAAGUAGCAUCAAUUGUUGAUAAUGAUCAUGUAUUCAUGAUUCUCUACAAAGAAUUGUACUUCCGUGAUAUUUAUGCACGUGUCCCAGGUGGUCCAAAGCCAGAACAAAGAUUUCUUUCUUUCUACAAUUACUGUGAUCUCUUCAACUAUAUAUUGUCGGCAGAGACACCAGUACCAUUAGAAUUGCCUGACCAAUGGUUGUGGGAAUUGAUUGAUGAGUUUGUGUACCAGUUCCAAUCUUUUGCUCAAUACAGGUCUCGUACUUCCAAACUGAGCCCUGCUGAAAUUGAAGCCCUCAACACUGAUAAUAAGGCUUGGAAUGUUCUUUGUAUUCUGAAUGUUUUGCAUUCUCUUGUAGACAAGUCUAACAUCAAACGUCAACUUGAGGUGUACGCUGCAGGCGGCGACCCAGAUUCAGUGGCUGGUGAAUUCGGCCGACACUCGCUCUACAAGAUGUUGGGAUACUUCUCUCUCGUGGGAUUACUCCGCUUGCAUUCAUUGCUUGGAGACUACUACCAGGCUAUAAAGGUGUUGGAAAACAUUGAGCUACACAAAAAGUCCCAGUACUCCCAUGUACCGGCUUGCCAGAUAUCCACAUCCUACUAUGUGGGUUUCGCCUACAUGAUGAUGCGUCGUUAUGCGGAUGCCAUUCGAACUCUUUCCUCUGCUCUGCUUUACAUGCAACGUACAAAACAGCUGUUUUCAUCUCGUUCCUACCAAAACGACCAGAUUAACAAACAGACAGAGCAGAUGUACCAUCUCCUUGCCAUCUGUUUGGUUUUGCAUCCACAGUGCGUCGAUGAGUCCAUACAGCAGGUGCUUCGCGAGAAGAACUACCACGAGAAGAUGUUCAAGAUGCAGUACGGGGAUUUGGGUGAAUUCGAAAGUUGCUUUACUAUGGCUUGUCCUAAGUUCCUCUCGGCCUGCCCCCCACCUAUUGAGCCUGGUUCCAACUAUGGAAGAGACGCUGUUAAGCAUCAGACACAAGUCUUCAUGGAUGAGGUUCGCCAACAAAAAAUGUUGCCUACUAUUCGGUCUUACUUGAAGUUGUACACAACUUUGCCCCUCGCGAAGUUAGCUGUCUUCAUGUCAGCGGCGAGAGGCGGAGAUCGCGAGGCUGCGCGGGAGCAGGCUGCUCUAGCUAUACAUUUGCUCUGCUUCAAACAUAAGAUGAAGAAUGUUGUGUGGUCUAAAGGACCCAGUGGUCUUGAUGGAAAGUUCCAGAGUGGCUCAGAGUUGGAUUUCUACAUUGAUAAUGACAUGAUACACAUUGCUGACACAAAAGUGGCUCAUCGUUAUGGUGACUUCUUUAUUCGUAAGCUUCUGAAGUUUGAAGAACUCAACCGAAAAUUGCACCAUAUUAAGAUUUAAUGUGCAUUUUUAUUUGAAAUAAAAACAAACUAAUAUUGUA